AUGUCGUGGUUUUUGCAGAAAAUCGUUCACAAUGAGGCGAUGAGGACUGACCCUAAGGAGAUUUAUGGAUGGAGAGUCUACGCUCUUGCGUGCUCCGCGUGUUGCGGAGGAAUGCUUUUCGGUAUGGACUCUGGUAUCAUUGGUGGGGUUCUCACGAUGCCUCCAUUUGAACGAACCUACGGCCUCGAAGGACUCGACAGCGUCGCCAAAGCAAACCUUUCCGCCAACAUCGUCUCCACGCUCCAAGCAGGAUGCUUCUUCGGAGCUCUGCUCGCAUCGCCAGCAGCGGAUAGAUGGGGCCGAAGACUUGCCCUGAUCGGAGCAGCGGUGAUUGGAAUCGUGGGAGUCACAAUGCAAUCCUCAGCCAGUGGCCACCUCCCAGCCAUGUAUGUCGGACGCCUCGUAACCGGCUUCGGAGUCGGCGCCGCCUCAAUGAUAAACCCCCUCUACGUCUCCGAGAACGCACCGCGCGCCAUCCGCGGCGGCCUUACUGGCCUCUACCAACUCUUCAUCGCAAUGGGAAUCAUGCUCGCCUUCUGGAUAAACUACGGCUGUCUACUCCACCUCACCGGCUCAGCAAUGUAUCUCAUCCCUCUAGCAAUGCAAGGUCUUCCCGCCGUGCUCCUGCUCAUGGGCAUGCUCCUCUGUAACGAGUCACCGCGCUGGCUCGCCAAGCAGGAUAGAUGGGAAGAGGCACGCGCAACUCUCUGCAAGGUCCGCGCUCUGCCCGCGGAUCACCCUUAUGUCGAGGACGAGUUCCAGGCUAUCGCGACACAGCUGGAGCAGGAGCGCGCGCUUAUUGGUGGUUCUGGGUUCUGGGAUCUUAUGAAAGAGAUGUGCCUUAUUCCUGGGAAUAGGAAGAGGGCUAUGAUUUCUGUGUUUUUGAUGGUUUGUCAACAGUUGACCGGGACGAAUGCGAUUAAUUACUACAGUCCUCAGAUUUUCAAGAACCUCGGCGUAACCGGCAACGCAACAAACCUCUUCGCAACGGGUGUCUACGGCAUCGUCAAAAUGGUCAGCUGCGGCGUCUUCCUCAUCUUCGUCGCCGACUCCCUCGGCCGCCGCCGCUCUCUCCUCUGGACAUCCGUAGGCCAGGGCCUAGCAAUGAUGUACAUCGGAUUGUACGUCCGCAUCGCGCCCCCCGUGGAAGGUGCCCCCGUCAUCCCGGCCGGAUACGUCGCCCUCGUGUGCAUCUUCCUCUUCGCGGCAUUCUUCCAGUUUGGCUGGGGUCCCGUUUGCUGGAUCUAUGUCUCGGAGAUCCCGACUGCGCGGCUGCGUUCGUUGAAUGUGGCUCUUGGUGCGGCGACGCAGUGGCUGUUUAACUUCGUGGUUGCGAGGGCCGUGCCGAAUAUGUUGGCUACUGUUGGGUCUAAUGGAUAUGGGACGUAUCUUAUCUUUUCAUGCUUCUGUUUCUCUAUGGGAGUCUUUGUUUGGUUCUUCAUUCCCGAGACCAAGGGUAUGUCUCUUGAGAAGAUGGAUGACCUCUUUGGUGUGACGGAGCUGGUUCAGCAAAAAGCUGCUGAUCCGGAGCACGCUUUGGCUGCAGAGGACACUAACAAGGCUUCGGAAUCUCAGGUGGAGCAUGUGGCUCGUUAA